UCACGAUUGGCCAUUGAUCAUUGACCAUUGCCAUCUCACACACCAUGGGACUUGUAUGUAUACCCUAGAGAGGAUUCUGUGGGGGACCAAUUGCAAUUGCCAGACACUAACAGCCCAGCUGGACAAUUUAGCGGAGAAAGCAGCCUCAGGGCCUGUAGACACUCCCAAGAACGUUCCAACACCGGGCGCCGCGCUUCCAACACCGCCAAGCACUCAAAACACUUCGUUGUAUGGGGACUCAACCAGGAUUACGGCUGAAAAGGCCUCCCCGGAAGCUACUGCUCCAAAAAAUGGGAAACCGGUCUCAAAGGAUGAAAUAACUAUGCCAGAAAAGACUUUGCCAGAAAAGGCUUUGCCAGUUGAGACUGCACCAGUCCAGGCAGCGCAUGGCUUCAACUGGAAACCCAUCGGUGGCUGGGAUUCCACCCACACCCAUGUCUCUUCUAACAAGCUUGUCGAAAACUACAUCAUCGACAAGUUCUACUCUGACUGGUACUACAACACCGUACUCGUAGUCGGCACGUGCUUCUUUUCGUGGCUUGUGGCACGCUGGAACAUGGGCUUCGUGGCGCUUGUGCUCGUCCUCCUCUGCGCGUCGUCCGUGUAUCGUGCAGAGUUCCGCCGCUUCAACCGCAACAUCCGCGACGACAUGACGCGCGUGGUAGCGAGCGAGCGCCUCGAGACCCAGGCCGAGACCAUGGACUGGAUGAAUUCGUUCUUGGCAAAGUUCUGGGUCAUCUACAUGCCUGCUUUGUCUGAAAUGGUGCUCACCCAGGCAAAGGCCAUCUUAGAAGACGCUGCGCCGGGCUUUGGGAUCGAUGCCUUGACACUUGACGAGUUCACUUUGGGGUCUAAGGCGCCUACCGUCGAUAGUAUCAAGUCCUACACGAAGAAGGGACCGGACCACGUCGAGAUGGACUGGGCCUUCUCAUUCCGGCCGAUGGACACAGACAACAUGACCAAGAACGAAAUCAAAACCAAGGUCAACCCGAAGGUUGCACUCGGGGUCAGGAUUGGGAAAGGGUUUGUCUCAAAGUCGUUGCCGAUUCUCGUGGAAAAUAUGGAGUUUGUCGGCAGAAUGAACGUCAAGUUGAAGCUUUCCAACAACUUUCCGCACAUCAAGAUGGUUUCGGUGAGUUUCUUGGAGCCUCCGUUGAUUGAUUACGCGUUGAAGCCUGUGGGUGGUGACACCUUCGGCUUGGAUAUCAUGUCGUUGAUUCCAGGGUUAUCGACCUUUGUCAACACGUUGAUCCACGGAACGUUGAGACCGAUGGUUUACGCGCCAAACUCUUUCGACGUCAACGUUGAGGAGCUCAUGGCCGCGCAGGCGAAGGACGCUAUCGGCUGUUUGGCCAUCACCAUCGAGAGCGCCACCGGGUUGCAGUGCUCCGACUCCGUGGGCUCGCUCGACCCGUACUUCAACCUCUACACAGAGAAGAACGCGGCCGAGAUUGUGGUCACAGACGUCAAGGCCGAUACCAGCAGUCCGAAGUGGAACGAAACCAAAUACCUCUUGGUCAACUCAUUGGAGCAGCAGCUCUGCUUGGACUGCUUGGACUCGAAUGGCGUAAGAGCGGACAAGCCUGUGGGUUCGGCCACGUUCGACCUCCGCGAGUUGCUCCAAGAGGAUGUCUUUACCGGCUUGAGCGCGCGCAUCAUGGACGGCGACAAGCUCCAUGGAACCCUUAGCUACUCGCUCAGAUGGUACCCCGUGCAGGCGCCGGAGGUGUUGGAGGAUGGGACCAAGGAGUUGCCAAUGGACUCCGAGGUGGGUAUCUUGAAGCUCACGCUUCACGAAGCCGCGAAGUUGGACACUUCCGUGUCCAUGGUGGGUGUCUUGAACCCAUACGCGGAGAUCCGCAUCAACAGCGAAAAGGUCAGAGACUGCCGUGCGCUUAAACGUACCAACGAGCCGUCGUGGGAGGAAAGUGUUGAAACUUUGGUCACCUCCAAGUCGGGAGCCUCAGUGACGGUUACCGUCAAAGACAACCAGGGCAAAAAGGAUCGCAACCCGGUGAUUGCCGAGUACUCCGGUCCGCUCGACGACGUGCUUUUCAAUCUUUCUCGCGGCGAGGACUGGUUUAAGUGCCACUCGUCUGGCCAGAUACGCCUCUCCGCGCUCUGGAAGCCGCUUGCAAUGACCGGCGUGGAGUCUGCUACGGGACACUUGCCGGCAGUCGGUGCGCUCCGCUUGAACAUCCGCCACGCGAAGGAUAUGUUGAACCUCGAGGUGGUUGGCAAGGUUGACCCAUACGUCAAGGUGAGCAUCAACGGGCGCUUGCUGUCACGGACCGUCACCAUCGACGACUGCUUGGAUCCAGUGUGGAACGAGGUACUCUACUUGCCGAUCCAGACGGAGCACCAGCACAUCGCGUUGGACACAUUCGACUACCAGAAUAUGACCAAGGACCGGCCGUUAGGGUCCACUGCGAUCAGCGUGGGCGACUUCAUGAAGCGGGGACCGGAUGGCAACUGGUUGGCCUACGAAGGCAACGAGAAAGUCAUCACCGCGCCGCUUGCGCUUAAAAACAAAAACAAGGGCACCAUCUUCUACUCUGUUUCGUUUAUCCCGACGAUGCCCGUCUACACCCGUGACGAACUCACCGCCUUGGAACGGGCCGCCGUCAAACAGGCGGAACAGGACGAAAAGGACGCCGAGGAGCAGGCGAGGAUGGAAAAGUUGUACAAAGAGAAUCCGAAGGACUACGAGUGGUACGAGCACGUCCAGGAGGACGAGAUGAUCGGGCCGAAGAAGCAGUCCAUGACGUUUGACGAGGUCACCUCGUUCCAGUCGGGGGUUUUGUCGUUCGACAUCACGGGCGCGCUGUUGACCCGCCUGGGCUUGUUUGUACACUUUAUCCUCGACGACUUUGCGUUCCCUGCGUAUGUGAGUGCCCGCGCGGAGGGGAAAACUCUCGGUGCCGACUCUGGCGAGGCAUUCAUCCGCGACCUCCAAAACUCGAAGUUCAUCUUGCGCAUUGCCAAGAAGGCCGAGGUCACGUCGUCGGACGAUGUGGUGUGCGAAACCUCCUUCCACACCUUGGACUUGCUCACCAAGGGCUAUUCCAAGCCCGUGGAUGUGGCCAGCAACGGUAACUCGGUGCAAGUUCAGUUCGAAUUGAUUCCUAGUAGUGUGGUGUUGCCUGCCUCGGAAAUGGCGGCAGACGUGGGGAAGCUCCAAUUGGAAGUUUUGGGCGCCGAAGGCUUGAUGGCUGCCGACAGAAACGGAAAGUCGGAUCCCUACGUGAAGCUCUUCUUGAACAACUGCGAGGUGUUCAAGUCGGAGAAGGUGAAGAAGACGUUGGAUCCGACGUGGAACGAACUGGUGACAUUGCCGAUUCCGUCCAGGUCCCGCUCCCGUCUCUUGCUUCAGGUCUACGACUGGGACGCUAUGUCGGACGACGAUUUGCUUGGGUCGGCCAUGGUUGACUUGACCCAACUCGAGGCAUUGAAGCACGUUUCGUUCAGCACGAAGCUCGACACCCAGGGGCUCGUUAGGUUCAAGGCGCUCUUUGCCCCCGAGUACAUCAGACCGGUAGUGGGUAAGGUCUCCGGCGUGGGUAUCGAUCUCAACGACGUUACCGGCGCUCCGUUGAAGGUUGUUAGCGGUGUUGCCGAUAUAACUGGUGGUGCCGUGGGUGGUGCUGCGGGUUUGGUCGGCGGUGCGGGCCAGAAGGGCACCUCUUUCUUGAAAUCCACCUUUCUCCUGAAGAAAAAGGACAAGAGUGUGCCUGGGAGCAAUGUCAGCGAUGACAGCAACGUUUCUCCGGCCGUCUUGGAGGCCAAUGCCGCGAUGGGCGACCCCGACAGCGAACUGGCGUUGGAAUCCGAUACCUUAAAGCCGCCUGCUCCGCUUAACUCCGCGGUCAAUCCGCGCACCAACUAUGCCAACGAAGUGCAGGCGGCGAGAGGCAACAGUGUGCCGCCUUCGCCCCACGCCCCGACUCCGAGAUCGUCCUUCAACGUCCACAGACGUAACGUGAGCACUACCUCGGGCGCCUCGUCGUUUGCCGAAUCAGGUGUUGAUGCCAACGGUGCUAUGCCGGGCCGCGUGACGAUUGUGUCGGCCCAGGGCAACUUCGAUGCCGGAGCCUUGGUGGUAAAGGUUUCCCUCCUGUCUUCCACCAAGUCUAAAGAUUUGUACAAGACGAGAGCCGUGAAGGCCGUCGGUGGGGUAUGGAAGUGGCAUGAAUCGUCGCCUUUCAAGGCGUCGGUGGACACCACGAUGCUCAUCACUGUCAAGGAAAACCACAAGUUCGGGAAGAACGUUGAAGUGGGCACGGCUAGUGUGGACUUAUCGAGUGUGGUUGGGAGAACUGAGGAUUUUACCGUUAACAUUGGUACCGGUUCCAUCACCUUAAACUUCCAUUACAACUAGGGAGAUUAUUUUCUGUUUUACUUUUCGUUUAUACCCUGAAUUUUAUAUAUAUUACUGUUGAGGUUUGAGGGUAUGUUGUAGUGCAUACUGAUAUGCUUCGUUAGCGGAGGGCGAGCUUGUGAACAGGGGGGAAGAAAGAUGGUGUGUAAGAUACAUGUUUUGUUCAAAAGGGUGUCCCGAUAUUUAAAGCAACAUACGGGGAUAGUAUUUGAUCUCUACGGUAGAAUACCAUGGGGAAGUUUAAUUAAUUGCUGAGUUUCAAUAAAAUUAAUAAUAUUGUCGAACCUUUGUAUUCCCUUUAGCUUCAUUCCUCCUCGUUAUGCGGGACCACUUCGUCCUUCUAUAUUUACAAUUUGGAGCCCGUAUGCUAGGCACCCCAACUUAUGUAAGGAACACUUGAGCUCCUGCUUU